AGGAAUGACUGAAUGUUGGCUGCAAUGGCAACAGUUACAUCUGGGCUCCUUUCGCCGAAUUCCUACGGGUUGAGUUCGGAUCAGACGGUAGCCAAGAUGGCCGCUGAGAGUGGCGGCGUCGUCGAAUCGGAGUACAAGCGUUACCGUACCGUGCCGAUUUUCAGCUCGAACGUCGACUCGAGCGACUCGGAGCCGGAGGAGGGCGGCGGCGUCUUCCAAACCGCGAUGAUACCAAAGGACGCCAUACCGAAACGGAACAAGCGGAAGAACUUCAAGCCGCGCUGUACCAAUCUGAAUUACUCCGACUCGGACAACAACGAGGUCCUCAACCUCUCGGAGUUUAGUAAUAAUAAUAAUUUAAAGAACGUUCGGAGAAGAAAGACGCUCGCGACGCCGCGUAAGGUGAUCGUCGACGCGCGACAAUCGCCGAUGGAUCUCAGCAAAGCCAACGAUUCGGAUUCGCCCUCCGACGACUCCUACCUAACCGAAAAUGAAAACGUCGCCGACAACGAGGACGACAACUCGUCCGAGAACGACAACAAGAUCCCGUCGAGCUUCUCGAUACACAACCUCUCGAAACCGCACGUGCCGGAAGCGGCGGCGGCCGCCUUCGGUCACGGCGUCGGCCAGGUUUCGGACAUGCGGGAGUACGCCGUCAAUACCAUGAGGGAGCUGCUGGGUAUUUACGGUCUCACUUCCGAGGUCGCCGAAUCGAUCUCGCGACAACUUCCUAUAGCGGCCUUUAGUAGCGGUAAGUGA